CCUUUGAGGUAUUAAGAACAAACUACUUAAACUGAAGUCAAACAUGAAACUGUUAUACUCAGUUAUAAUUUUGGGCCUAAUACAAAUGGUUUUCGUAAAACCUUUUGAAGCCUCCCCCAAUUCUAAUGCAACAUUACUGAAGCAAAAUUUAACGAAAUUACUUGACAAUGAAUUGGAAUCUAUGGACAAAGAUUUCAGUGAAAAAUCUAAAGUUUUAAGUGAAAAACUUUUACAAGAUAAAUUAGUAAAACAGGCUUCCACAGCUAUAUUGAAACAGUUUAAACAGAAUAUAAGCGAUUUCUUACAUGUCUAUCCUUCCUAUCAACGUUAUCAUUUAACCAAUCAAUUGGUUUUACUAUUUGAGGAAAAAAUUCCGGAUCCCAGCAGCAAUAAAGACAUUGAAUACAUUUGGAAAUUAUUAGAGAAACAUGGUUAUUACGAAAUGGAUAAGGAUUAUGAAAGUAAAUAUAUGAAAUUUGUUAAACAUAAAUUUCUGCCCAAAUUUGAAGAGUUCAAGAAACAACUUAACCAACAAGAGUUAAAGCAACACCAGGACUUAAUAAACUCUUACAAUGAAUUGAAAAGAUGUCAAAAUUAUAAAUGUCAGUCAAAAUAUUUGUAUAAAAUUAUAGGAGACUUUACACCCAAAGACAAUCUAUUUGAGUAUAUUGUGGAAAUGGUAGAUAACAUUCAUAUCGACUAUGGCAAUGCAGCACUUGAAAUGGCCAAGGCUGUAUUAAAGGACAAACGAUUAUCACAACUGCCCCAUAAUCUAAGAAUUAAUUUAACCAACAAUAUUAAGCAAUUCAUUAAGAUCUACAAGAAGCAUGAAGAUAUUAAUGACUUGUACAAUAUUAUAAAUGCAUUAGACAUUAAUAUAUUAGCGAAAUAUUACCAUAACAUUUCUUUGCCAUUAAAGCAGCAGCAACUGAUCGUGCAAAUCUUUGAUGAUCAUGGCUGUGCUAAAUUUGUUUCAGAAUAUGACCGCAAAUUGAAAGAUUUUGUGCAGCAGGGUCUUGUGGUGAGAUUUAAACAAUUUAAAGCUGCUUUAACACGCAAAGAGUUGGCCAAAGAGAAGCCUUUAUUGCAGUGGUAUGAUCAUGUGAAAGAUUUACAAAAUCCAGAGGAUAUCUUGGAGGCUUUAAAUAAAUUAGAAGAGAUUUAUGAAAAUAAAAUGUAACGCGGUAAGAAUUUUUAAUAAAAUAUUGCUAAUAAAUUCAUUGAAUAAAUAAAUUUUGUAAACAAAAACACAA